UUCUGGCAUCGACAAGAACUGUUCAUUAACCGCUCUGCAAUUUACACCACACUGAUUUUUUUACUACAAUACUCUGCAGCUAUACAACAGCAGGCACAUGUAGUUAUAGACUUCGUUUAUUCAAGAAUCAGGUAGUUCUUAGCGUUUUAUUUUUUAUUUUUUUCUUAGCAUUUUUCUUUUUCAUGUUAAAAAGGUGUAUCUGAUUGGAUUUGCAUAAAACAUGCCCGCUAUGUUACACGAUUGACAGUCAGAUACAUACUUUGCCAGGCUCAGCUAGUGGGUGAACACCCUGUGGUUGGAGGGUGGUUGGGGGGUUGGGGAAAUAUUCAAGUUCGAGAGGUAAGGGGGUGGCUGGCUGGCUGGCUUUUAUAGAGGUGUGGCUUUACGUAACACGUGACAGACUCCAGAUAUGUUUCGUAGACUGAGAUACUGUGUGGUCUGUUUCCUAUCGAAAAUUCCUAGAGGAAAGUUUGGAACUAUCACUGUGGCAUUGGCUACCUUGGUAACAACCAUCUAUUGUGGUACUUUAAUAAGAUUCCCUUCCGAUGCUCCAACUCCCAGCCCCACUGAACCAAGCUACGAUUGUAAAAUUUGGAAACAAUCUCCACAACAUAAAACGACUUUGAUAACAACGAAAUCAUGUUCAAGGAACUAUUUUCUUCUUAUCUUAGUAUCAUCUGCACCUGCAAACCAAGGUAGAAGAAAUCUAAUUCGUCAAACAUGGGGCACUGAUAAUAACGUGUCUCCAGAGUGGAAGACAUACUUUCUUAUUGCGAAAGCAGAGAAUCAAACACAUUCAGAUUUUGUCGAUAAAGAAGACGAAGUUUAUGGAGACUUGAUUCGCGCGGACUACUACGAGAAUUACUGGAGACAGAGUUUUAAGAUUAUGAUGGCCUUUGAGUGGGCAUCGCGAUAUUGCAAUUUUUCUUACAUGUUGAAAGCAGACGACGACAUCCUGGUUAAUACCGCUUAUUUAAUUCAUUUUUUGCAAAAGGAAUCAACUCCAGAAAAGAAACUUUUUCUGGGACGAGCUCAGCGUAGUCCUGGUGUAGCUAGAGAUGGUAAAUGGAACGUCAGCUACGAAGAGUACAACCACACUCACUAUCCAGAUUUCUGUAGUGGGGCUGGCUUUGUUAUGACCUAUGACGUUAUCGAGUGCAUUGUUCCCCUGUUUGAUGUAAUUAAGCCGUAUAGGAUGGACGAUGUUUAUGUAGGAAUGCUUGCUCAUGCCAUGGGUGUGAAAGCAGUCGGUCAUAGAGGGUUCCUUAUUCCGUUUGAAAAUUAUGAAGACUGUAAUUUUGUCCCAAACGUUCUUCUGCAGCACCGAGCAACUGGACAGUGUUUAAUCAAACUUCAUCAUAUUCAUAAGAACAUCAAAGAUUUCCUCUUUAAUAGAAAACUGGGAUCUUAUUUUUAAUUUGUUAUUUCUUACUUGACUUUGUUUAUCUCCAUGUCUGAAGGACAUUGGCGCGGUCAAGUAAAAUUUGACAAAUGUAAAAAGUCUAAGACAAGAAUCAAAGGCUCCCCAGAGAUACCUCAUGGUAUGUCUUAAUUCGUCAAUUAAGAGGCGAGAACCUCAACCUUUUGUUAUCUUCUUCCAAAAUUGCGUGAUCUACCCUUACACGAUUACUUACUUUAAAAGCAAUAGCUGGAGCAUUAAAACUAAACCAUGUGAGUAAUAACAAAAUUCAAAAGAUGAGGUUUCAGAACAACCGUUAUUCAAAGUCAGAUGAACAGACUUUCCCGAAAUACCGGCUAAAGCUACACAAAAAAAAUUAUAGUAUUUUAGAGUGCCAUAUGACGGUGCCACAAUGGCUUUGACUGAGUUGCUCUCAAAAUUAAAGACGACAAAGGCUUGCGUGGGCAUCGCAAAGA